GUACGCCUUCACAUGGACUGAAGUAAAUUAUCGGCGGAGGUUGUUAACGAUGGGGCCCACACUUUACCAAUAAAAGGGACCUGAAAAUAAAUAAUCAGCACUAUAAUUUUUUUUUUCCUUCAUAUCAUUUUACCCUUUCACUCUGUUAAAUUUCCCUCAAAAUUCGAGUGGAUAAAACCGAAACUCUCUCUCUCACGCACAAAACACACACAGGCAGAAAAUCGGCGGCCGAGUUGAGCCGACCUGAGCUGAACAGCUGCUAAUCCGGCGGCGCUGGACGAUGUCGUUUUGAGCGCUUUAACUGUAAAGCCGCGCCAUGAGCUUGAGUUUCGACUCAGACUCUUCCGUUUCUUCGCCGGACGCCGUGGAGUGGAGGUUUCCCAAGCGUUUGGCGAUAAGCUCCCCGGAGAAAUUGAUCUUAUUACGGCGCUUGAGUUCGAUAAGAAUGGAGAUCACCUGGCUGUGGGCGAUCGAGGAGGUCGCGUUGUCAUCUUUAAGCGGGAUGGUGGAAGUAGACGAGCUCACUUCACGUCAUGAGUUAGAGAAACUCGAUGGUGCUCUGCUAAAACAUCCUACGUAUCAGUACAAGACAGAGUUUCAGAGUCAUGAGCCCGAUGUACUUACUAAUUUUGAUUCUUUGAGGAGCAUUGAGAUUGAAGAAAAGAUCAAUAAAAUCAGGUGGUGUGCGUCGUCGAAUGGAUCGUUGUGUCUUCUUUCAACAAAUGAUAAGACUCUCAAGUUAUGGAGGGUCAAGGACCAUGAAGCUAAGCAAGUCACAGAAAUGGAAAUCGGUCAAUCUGUAUCAUCAGAUAAUUCACUGUUGGCCGAAAAGAGUUUUAUCAAUGGGCAAACGACGAAUGCUUCUAACAGCAAUUCUUUAGAAUUGACGGAAAACGUGUUGAAUGGCGUAUCAUAUAAUGGAGGGAAUAAAAAUAUAGCAUAUUUAGAGGAUGCUACUCGAGCAAGAUGUCGAAGGGUGUAUGCACAUGCUCAUGAUUUCAAUGUCAACUCUAUCUCAGUUAAUAGUGAUUGGGAGACAUUUCUUUCUAGAGAUGACCUAAGAAUAAAUUUGUGGAAUCUUGAAGUUAGCAACCAAUGUCUCAAGAUAAUUGACCUGAAGCCUACAAACAUGGAAGAUCUCAUAGAGGUGAUCACAGCAGCGGAAUUCCACCCAUUUCACUGUAAUUUGCUGGCUUACAGCACUUCAAGGGGUUUUGUUCGGCUUGUAGACAUGAGACAAUCAGCUCUAUGUGAUCAUAAUGCAAGGAUAUUUAAAGAGGAGGACUCCCAGCCGAAAUCAUUCUUGACUGCUAGUAAAACGAGUUUCNUAGCUAGGAUCAUCAUCGUUUGA